AUGUCGAACUUGAACUCGCUAUCGACAAGCAUAUUAACCCACCAACAAGGGUUUUUUGUUACUAAACUAGCCUCUCAUAGUGUUAUUAUUGGCUACCCAUGGAUGUAUAAGCACGACCCUGUGGUCCGCUAUCAGGAAGGACUGUUGUCUUUCAACACCGAACACUGUCGCAAGCACUGUCUACCUUCUGGCUGCUAUCAAUUACCAGUUCGCUGUACAGACCUACCAAAACCUAAGUCGGCUAAACAACAGUUCGACAUUGCCGCGAACACAGCCUCACUCCCUCGCCGCGUAGGUCCUAUACAGUUUAUGUCUAUUUCAAAGAGGAUAGGUACUGAAGUCUUCGCGCUCUCCUGUCAUGAGAUAGAUGUAAGACUUCGGGAGCUUGGGGUUAGCGAGGAAGAGCUGGAACCGGUUCAGAAACAUGAUCGCCAACCACGCUACUCCUCUAAAAGUCGGGACGGACUAUCCCAGAUGAAAAAAGAGCUAGCUAUGGAACAGUCACCUAUUCACCUGAUAGAGCACUCUCAAGCCUCACUUUCUCCAGCCUCACUUGAACUUCAACAAAGACAACGGCAGGCUGCGGAUAUGCAUAUCGCUGGAGCCUCACUUGAAGAAAUUCGCAAAGCACUAGCCCCGAAGACUAUUAUCGACCCUGCCUCGAAAUUACCCCCUCAAUACCAUGAACACCUGGGAACCUUUGACAAAAAAAGGGCUGAUAAACUCCCACCUCACCGAGAUUGUGAUCAUUCUAUCGAACUUUUGCCUGGUACAACGCCUCCGUAUGGCCCCUUGUAUAACAUGUCUCAGGAGGAGUUAUUGGUCUUACGAGAGUACUUGAGAGAACAACUUGACAAGGGCUUCAUUAGAGCUAGUACGUCACCGGCAGCAGCACCAGUUUUAUUCGCUAAGAAGCCGGGCGGCGGGUUACGGUUUUGCGUUGACUACAGAGGCCUCAAUGCUAUAACUAUCAAGAAUCGGUAUCCCUUGCCUCUAGUCCAAGAGACUUUACAGCGAAUCUCGAGAGCUAAGUAUUUCACAAAGCUCGAUGUUAUACAUGCCUUCAAUCGUAUACGCAUCAAAGAAGGAGACGAGUGGAUAACAGCAUUCAACACGAGAUAUGGGCUCUUUGAGCAGAUGGUUAUGCCAUUUGGCUUGACUAAUGCGCCAGCAACCUUCCAGGCAAGGAUGAACGAGGUCUUACGACCCUGGUUAGAUGUCUUUUGUACAGCGUACAUCGACGACGUGUUAAUCUAUUCCGAUGAUUUGCUUUCCCAUAGAGCACAUGUCCACCAGGUACUUAAAGCACUAGGUGAAGCCGGCUUACAUUUAGACAUUAAGAAAUGCGAAUUCGAGGUUCAAGAAGUUAAGUACCUUGGCAUGGUUAUAUCUACAGAAGGUGUGAUGAUGGACCCAGAAAAGAUUAGCGCUAUCACGGAAUAG